CGUUUCUGGUUUCUCGCCCGUUGUCAAAGCGGCGAAGCCAUCUCCGAAGUCUGAAGCGAAUCCCUAGCUCUCUCGACUCUCCCCUUCACGACGAUUCUCUCGGCUCCCAUCCUCACCGACCCGGCCGUCUCCAGUGCCUUUAACCUCACCAUCGAGAGGAUAUCGCCAGCGUCGUCGGUAACCUCAACGGCUGCUCCUCCAGUCCUCAGGAUAUCCGUGUUAGGUCUUAUAUAAGUGGAUUUUGAAUCAAAGAAAAAUUCUCCAUAUCAGGUUUUAUUGUUCUUUGUUUAUUGCUUAUUGUUCAUAAUUAUCUAUCAUCAUGAAACAACUCUCUGGAUAUCAAAAAAGACAAAAAAAGGAAAAAGAGGAGGAGAUAGCCCAAAGCUUAAGAGGUUCAUUGAAUAAAUAUUUUAGUAAAAAAUCACAUAACACAACAGAAAGCUUAGUUCAGAUUUUAAGUAAUGAAUCAAAUUUGUCAAAUGAAGAUUUUGUUGAAAAUAAUAAUAAUGAAUAUGAAAAAUUUAUGAGUAAUGAAAGUGAUGAGAAUGAGAAAUAUGUAGAAAAUGAGAACAAAGAGAAUACAUAUCUUAAUGAUUUGAAUGAAACUAAAAUUGACAAAACUAAAGAUACUGAUAAUUGUUGUGAUGAUGAGCGUACAAAUGAAUAUCAAUGUUCGACACCUAGAUAUGAUAUAAACAUAUUUGAUCCAAGAGUUUGGGAUAACCUUGAUACAAAAAUAAGAGAUUUACUUGUGGAAAGAGGCCCUAAAAGAGAAGAUAUUAUUAAGUUUCCUUUAGAUAAAGAAUCUCGACACUUUUCUCAUACUUACUAUGUUCAAAUGUUACCAAAUGGUGAGACUCGUGAUCGAAAAUGGUUAGUAUAUUCGAAGGAGUUGGACAAAGUAUUUUGUAUUUGUUGUAAGUUGUUUAAAGUAAUACACACCAAAAGUAAUUUAGCAAAAGAAGGAGUUAAUGACUGGAAACAUUUAUGUGACAAACUUAAACAACAUGAAAAUAGUGUUGAACGCCUCACUAAUCUGAGAGCCUUUGUUGAACUACAAAUGAGAUUAAAGAAAACAUUGACAAUUGAUAAGGAAAUACAAGAACAAAUUAAAAAGGACACAAAACAUUGGAAACAUGUUAUGCUAAGAAUAGUUGCUGUUGUCAAAUGUCUUGCUACACAUAAUUUGGCAUUUCGUGGUACACAUGACAAAAUUUAUGAAGAUGGUAAUGGUAAUUUUUUGGGUCUACUUGAAAUGAUUGCAGAUUUUGAUCCAAUAAUGUAAGAGCAUUUUCGACUCAUUAAAGAUAAAAAGAUUCAUUAUCAUUAUCUUAGUCAUAAAAUUCAAAACGAGCUAAUAUCUCUUCUAGCUUCUAAAGUCAAGAAUGCAAUAAUUAAAAAAAUAAAAGAGGUAAAAUAUUUUUCAGUAAUUCUUGAUUGUACACCGGAUGCAAGUCACAAAGAACAAAUGACUCUCAUAUUAAGAUGUGUAGAUGUUUCAGAUAUUCCAAUUAAAAUAGAAUAGUACUUUUUAGAAUUUAUAAAUGUAGAAGAUACAACUGGUUUAGGUCUUUUCAAUGAACUGCAAGUUGUUUUACAAUCUUUAGAACUUGAUAUUGAUAAUGUGAGAGGACAAUGUUAUGAUAAUGGAUCUAAUAUGAAAGGUAAAAAUCAAGGUGUGCAAAGAAGAUUGCUUGACAUUAAUCCUAGAGCAUUUUACAUGCCAUGUGGUUCUCAUUCUCUUAACUUAGUUGUUUGUGACAUGACAAAUUCUUGUGCUAAAGCAAAAUCAUUUUUUGGAGCAUGUCAAUGUAUGUACACCGUGUUCUCUAAUUCAACAAAAAGAUGGAAUAUUUUGCUUGAAUAUAUUGAUGGAUUAACUUUAAAAUCAUUGUCAACUACAAGAUGAGAAAGCCAUAUUGAAACAGUCAAAGCAAUACUAUCUCAAGCUUCCCAAAUCAGAGAAGCUUUGUUCAAAUUAGCAGAAAUAAGUGAAGAUGGUAAAUUAAGUAGAGAUGCUGAAACUUUAGCAUCUGGUGAACUUUCAAGUUUUGAAUUUAUAUUAAGCCUUGUUAUUUGGCAUGAUAUUUUGCAUAAAAUCAACUUAGUUAGCAAAAAAUUACAGUCAGAGGAUAUGUGUCUUGAUGUUGCUAUAAAAUAAUUGUCUGGUCUUGUUUCCUUUUUUGAAAAAUAUAGAGAAAAUGGUUUUGCUUCUGCUAUGGUUGAUGCAAAAAAAAUAGCAUCUGAUAUGGAAAUUGAACCUGUAUUUCCUGUAAAACGUAAAAUUUGUAGAAAGAGAUAUUUUGAUGAAAUUGCUAACACUGAAAGAGAAAAUCAAUCACCAGAAGAAUCUUUUCGAAUAGAUUAUUUUAUCUUAGUGGUCGAUAUUGCCCUUGGGCAAUUGAAGAGUAGAUUUGAACAGUUGCAAUAUUUUGAAUCUAUAUUUGGGUUAUUGUAUGAUGUUGCAAAAUUAGUUUCAUUAGAUGAUAAUGAAUUGAUGAGUUCUUGUGUUAAUCUUGAAAAUACUUUAAGAAAUGGUGACACUUCUGAUAUUGAUGCAAAAUAUAUGUUUUCGGAACUCCAAGUUUUGCAAGUAAUGUUACCAAGUGAAUCUUAUGAAACUAAUAAAAAAUGGUCUUCCAUUCAAAUAUUAGAUUUUAUAAAAACAAUGGAUAUGUUUCCAAAUGUGAUGAUUGCUUAUAGGAUAUUAUUGACAAUACCCGUGACAGUGGCAUCUGCCGAAAGAAGUUUUUCUAAAUUAAAAUUAAUAAAAUCUUAUUUACGGACCACAAUGACUCAAGAUAGACUAAAUGGAUUAGCAAUUUUGUGCAUUGAAAAGAAUAUUUUGGAAAACAUUGAAUAUGAUGCUAUUAUUGAUGAUUUUGCCUUUAAAAGUGCAUCACGAAUACACUUUAAAUGAGUUACCUUUGUGUUUUUUUGUAGGUGUAUUACAAUCGAUAAUUUAAUUAUAUUCUCUGCAUUCACUCUCAUUCGCACUUAUAGGAGGGAAAUGGUGGAGUAUUUUCUGUGGUGGAAAUUUUGUUUCAAGGAGCAUCCUUUUUUAUGAAGUAUUCUUGAUAUGCUUUGAUACAAAGAGGUUUUAUUCAUGUCAGAUUGGGUAGCUCUUCUUUUGGUGGUUGGUCGGCUGGAGUAUGGAUGUUGCAAUGAGUAUCUUGCAAGGAGGAGAAGCUUAUUUACAAAAUGUGCCUAGAAGGGAUUGGAUUGAAGCUGUGAUGAUGUUGAUGGUUCAUGAUCUGUUGUGGGUAGGAAUGUUGGUAUGAUGUGCCGUGUUUAUAGUGGUUUUUGUAUUGGUUGUUGGAAAUUUGUAAAGGUUGGUUAUCAGAAAAUGUGAUGUUCUGAUAGUGUAGGGGUUUAUAUAUUUGGUUGGUUUUGUUUUGAUAUGGGUUAAUAUUUGAUAUGUUUGAUUGUGAGAUACUAUUGUUGUUGGAGUCUGAUGUUAUGGUUUCUAAAGAAGGUGGAGCAAUGUAUAUUUUUUGAAGGGUUGUAUAUGUGGCUAAUUCAUUGAGUAAAAUUUUAU